UGUGGUGUGGAUCCAUAGGGAAGGAGCUUCCAAGGAUAUUUUCAUGUCAGUUAGAGAGUUAUUCCUGUAGGAAAUGCUGUCCUGGUGAAGAGUUCUGCUCCAGGAAGAUUCUUCUGCCUAAUCCUUCUUUAGAUACUGGCCUGCAGCCAGAAGAAAUCUGGACCAUCCUACGGAGCAGAGGCCUGAGGAGUCUGGAUUUCCAUGUGCAGUGACGCCCAGGAUGGGGCUGUUCCAGCAUGCGCUGGCCGGAGCCGUUCUCCCGUUUCUGAUCCUUUCAGGAAAUUGGGUUUCAGCGGAGAACAUCAACUUUCACAACAUCAGGCCUCCACUGGACCCCACUCCAUUCCCAAACAGUUUCAAGUGCUUUACCUGUGACAACGCGGUGGACAACUACAACUGCAACAGAUGGGCUGAAGAUAGGUGGUGUCCUGAAAGCACUCGGUACUGCCUGACGGUUCAUCUCUUCACAGCCCGCGGGGAGAGCACCUCAGUCACCAAGAAAUGCGCCACCGGUGAGGAGUGUCACCUGGUGGGGUGCCACCGCCGCGGGGACGGCGGCCACACGGAAUGCGUUUCCUGCUGCGAAGGAAUGAUCUGCAACGUGGAGAUCCCCACCAACGCCACCAACGCGGUGUUUGCCGUGCUGCAGGCCCGCAGGACGGCCGGGGCCAGCCGAGACGUGCCCAGCGGGGCCCUGCUGGUGGCACUGGUGGCACUGGUGGCCCUGUCCUGACACAGCACCCUCAGAGCUGCUGGCACAGUCCCCCGGGCCAGGAACCUCCAGGAUCUCCAAGGAGAAGUCACGGAUGUUCCUUCAUCGCUGCAAAUUUAAGGAAAGGCACAUCCUGAACUCCUUGGAUAUUUUAGUGGGAAUCCUUCCCCAUCAGUAUUGAAAAGAAACCCCACAAAAACCCCCUGGUGGGUGGACUCGAGUUUUAAUUCCCUUUUUUCUGAGAAAAAAAGCACAUUUUCUUGCUUUUUUGGGCAGAAGCGUGACAAUCACAAUCAAAAGGAGCUUUGGAUGGAUGAUGUGGAAAGGUGGAAAAUGGAUUUAAACCUUUUUUGUUCAUAAACAGAGCUGAGUUUCUUGGCUUAUCAAGGUGUGUUUGAGCUCACCUUGGUUUCAUGGAGAACACUUGGUUUGCAUAGAAAACAAAUACGAGGUUGGGUUUUUUCCUGCUUGAUCAGGGCUCUCAUUUCCCCUGUCAAUAAUACCAAAUUAAAUCUUCCCUUUCUGUAAAA